AUGCAGCAGGACCAGACCACGCUGGCAGACGUGGAGGCGACUCUGCAGCCGUACGUGGGCGGCCUGCGGCUGCUGGGCCAGUGGUCGCUGCCCGGUGGCGGCCGGCGCCUGGCCACGCUGUGCGCCGUGCUGCUGGCACACGGCCUCCUCAUAACCACCUCCUGCCUCAACCUCCUCAUGGACCCCCCGCGGGACCUGCAGGUGCUCACCGUCAACGCACACUCCACGCUCACCAUACUGGGCCUCGCUGUCAAGGUGGUGUCGUUCUCGCUGGACGGGGCGCGCCUGCGAAAACUGCUGCAGCUCCUGGGGGAGGCGCGCGCAGCCUUCCCGGACUCGGCGGCGAGGCGGCGCCGCUACGGCGACGUCGGGUUCCGCCUCUACAUCUUCCUGCAGGUGUCGCACGUGGUUUGCUACAUCUCGUGGGGCGUGGCGCCGCUACUCAGCUCUGCUGUGGCCCCAGCGACCAAUGGCAGCUCCUACGAGAACCGGGGCCUCCCCGUGGCCGCGUGGUUACCGGGAGUGGACGUGAGGGCCUCCCCCACCUACGAGGUAGUCUACGGCCUGCAGCUGUUGUUCACCACCCUGACCACGCAGUCCACAGUGUUUCUGGACAGCACCCUGCUGGCACUCAUGCUGCACCUCACUGCAGAGCUGGAGGUCCUCAACGACAACAUGGCUGCAGUCCAAGUAUCUGCUGAGGUGGCAAUAAACAGUUAUCGACACGGCAAUGAUGGUGACACCAAAACAAGUAAAAUGAACAGACAGAUCAAAACAAGUGGAGAUGGCAGCACAGAGGAGCAGAUGUAUGAGAAGAUAGUGGAAAAUGUCAGACACCAUCAAAUAACUAUAGCAUGUAUCAGUCUGUUGGAAGAGCUGAUGAGUCGGGCUGUUUUCGUUCUUCUUCUCUGCAAUGUGCUUUGCAUCUGCCUGCACAUCUUCUCGACAAUUGUGAGCGAGCGCCUGGUGCACUCGGCCUUCAGCUGUGGCUGGCCGGACGGCGACGGGCGCUGCAAGCAGCUGCUGCUCGUCUUCUGCCUGCGUUCUUGCAGAGCCGCCAGCCUCAAGGUCGGCCUGCUCUACCCGCUGUCCAAGGAGAUGGUCAUCCAGGUGCUGAACACUUCGUACACGCUGUUUAAUUUCCUGUACCACACGGAGCGUGCGAGAGCGUCACUGGAUUGAGCACAACGGCAACCUGCUGCUGGCGUGGAUCGCACGAGAGUGAUUCUAUAUAACUACAGCAGUUGUCUCCUUGGAAUUAAAGUUACUUUCCCGCUGAGCAUUCCAUUGAUUGACUCUGUGGAAC